GAGAGAUUAUGUCAAGUAGAAAGGAAAGAAGUUCAAGAAUAACAGAAGAUGAGAUCAAUGAUCUCAUCUUGAAGCUGCAUCCAUUGUUGCCAGAUUCAAGUUCAAGGUGUAACACAAAGGUUUCAGCAACAAAGAUUUUGAAGGAGACAUGCAAUUACCUCAAGAGACUGCACAAAGAGGUGGAUGAUCUAAGUGAGAGACUCUCUCAGCUUCUUGCUUCUGGAAAUGUGGAUGAAGAUACUAUUAGGGCACUCCUCCGACGUUAAAUUGCUCGUGUGUUCGUUUACAUCUCGUAUUUUCAGAUAUCUUUUCGAAUUAAAUAUGAGAUGUUACAAAAAAAUUGAAAUGGAGGAUACAUAUAUAAGUAACAAUAUUAGGGUUUUGAAGAAGCUAUAGCAUUUGUCCAGAGCCUUUGUCUUAGCGGCAAGAAGCUUAGACAUUAUUGCAUGAGGUGCCGAGUUCUAUAGAAUUUCUCAUCCAUUAAUGUUGCAUGAAUAUAAAUAUAUGUAUUUCAAUUU